CAGAUUUUUGAUAAAGAUGGAAAUGGACUUAUAGACAAGUCGGAGUUGAAAAGUACUAUGAGGUCACUGGGGGAAAAUUUGUCUGAUAAAGAUGUUAAAGCAAUGAUAAAAGCUGCUGACAAAAAUGGCGAUGGAAAGAUAGAUUACGAAGGUAAAUUUUUUAUUCUCUUAAUUUAA